AUGGAGACUAUCAAGCAAUUGAAGGAGACUGCCACAAGGGCCUAUGAGGAGACCGUGGCCAAGAUGAGCUCUGUAGAGAUCUCAGAGACAUCCGGCAACGCAGAUUUCGCCGAGGAGCGUAAAGGCUGGCACGGCUACGUCGAGUGGGAAGACUACCCUGAAAAGAAGAAGCUCGCUGCCGCAGUCUUGGCCAAGUUCAAGUUUACCCCCAUCCCAGAAUUCCAGCUCAAGCCCCUUCCCGAGACCAACCCCAUCCUCAUUGGACACAGGUGGAAGGAGUACUACCAAGUCCUCGGACCCACCAUGGCUAACUGGCCCGAUGAAAGCUGGGAGAUCGUCAAGAAGGAGAAGGGGGAGAAGAUGAUCCAUGUCCUUGAUUUCCCGUACAAUGGGGAGCCCCCGGCGGAUGAGUUGAUGAAGGGGAAGAUUACGGACAACAAGUAUCAUUUCGUUCGUAAUCAUGGGAAUAUUCCAGUUAUUGAACCUGAGGAGUGGUCUGUUGAAAUUGGUGGGAUGGUAAACGAGCCGAAGAGGUUGACGUUGCAUGACUUGAAGACGAAGUUUCCGAUCGUCGAGAUGACCGUUACGCUUCAAUGCUCCGGUACACGCCGUAUCGAGCAAAUCCACGAAUACCCCGGUGAAGGUGACGAACUCAUCAACGCACCUUGGGCUGAAGGCGCCAUUGGUACGGCCAAGUAUAAGGGUGUCAGCUUGAAGAAGGUCCUGAAGUAUUGCGGCGGCUUGAAGGACGGGGCUCAGCACUUGGAAUUCAUUGGAGCGGAUACUUAUUUCAAAAAAGGGCGGGUCUACAACUACGCAGUUUCCGUUCCUUGGCGUAAAGUCAAGUCGAACGAGGUUCUGCUCGUUUGGGAAAUGAAUGGAGAACCUCUCCCUCUCAUCCACGGUGCCCCCGUCCGCGCGGUCGUAACUGGUUACAUUGGUGCCCGUUCAUGCAAAUGGCUCUACAAGAUCAACGCCUUAGCCCACUCUUCCAUGGGUCCCGUCCAGAGGCAAGAAUAUCUCUACUACAAUCACCAACUCGGAAAACACAACGUCAAAUUCUCCAACGGGUUCAGUAUCCAGGACAUGCCCGUCUCCUCGGCAAUGAUGUUCCCAAAGGAAAAACAAGUCAUCAUCCACGACGGGAAAAUCGAGUGUCAAGGCUGGGCUUACUCCGGUGGUGGCCGCUGGGUCGAAAGAGUCGAGGUUAGUCCGGAUGGUGGACAUACCUGGUUCCCGGCUGCGGUGCAGAACAUGACGACGAAACACUACCACGCCUGGCGUCUCUGGAAACUCGAAGUACCAACCUACGCAGAAGGCUGGAUCGAACUCUGCGUCCGAUGCUGGGAUAACGCGAACAACACUGAGCCUACGUUCGUGAGGUCUGCGUGGAAUUGGGAUUUGCAUGUUACGAGCUCGAGUCAUCGGGUUAAGAUUUAUUCGGUGAAUAAGACGUAUCCGGAGACGGCGGAGAGGUUGAGGUUGUUGAAGGAGCACGGAGAGGAGUUUGAGCCGAUUACGAAGCCGGUGGGUUUCGCGGUUGAGACGCCGGAGGAGUAUGAGAGGAAUGUGAAGGAGAUUGGGGAUAGGGAACCAAUUGAUUAGGAGGUGAUGCGUCGGGAUG